AUGUAUACAAAAGGGUAUUCUGGUGAAGAGCCUAUGCUCUACCAUCAAGGAACCGGAAUAAGUAAGGCUUCAUCAAACCACUUCAAUAUGGCUGCUUCACAAGGAAUGCAAGCAAUGAAUGAUGGCAUUAUGGAUGAUGAGCUCAUAAAUGAAAGAGGUGAGGAGAUUACUCCAAUAAUUACUAAUUUCUCCUGUAUUAUGCUAAGAUCUGGUACUUUCUUGCAAUGUAUUAGUUUAAUAUUAUUAUGUAUUAUGUAUACUAUCUUUGGAAAUAGUGGAUUUUUUACUUUUGAUUUAUAUGGAAAUGGUGGAACACUAGCAGAAGAUUUGAGCUACUAUGCAAGUGUUGCUUGUAUACUAUGUAUGUACCUUGUGGGGGUUUUAUUGUUGGCAGGGUUUCAAGAAUUCAUUGCUGAUAAUUCAAAGGCACCUCUUGGUUUCCGUGCAGGCUCCAGAUUACUGAAUACUGCCAAUAUUAUUCAAGUCAUUGUAAUUGCACUUCGAAUUACACAAUUUUCAUUUGCUUACUAUUACUUCAAUCAGAAAUGGUAUGGCAAGUUUAGUCAAACAAAAGGUGAUUGGUGUUUAUACAACUUUGGAAUAGUUUGUGAGGCAUUGAGUUUAAUGAUGUAUGGGAUAGGAUUCUUUUAUGUUGAAUCUUAUUCAGAUUUUGGGGUUGGAGAACAUUAUGCUUAUGCGAUGCUAGGAUUAUUUUGUUGUGCAGGGAUUACAGAGUUACUAAUGCUGUUUACAGGAUUUGGAAGCUUUUUUACCUUGAUUCUUGUUCUUGCGUUGAUAGCUACAAGUAUUUGGGCAUUUUAUUUUGAGCCCCUAUUAGAAACCUACUCUCCAUUGCUAUUUUCUAGAGAUGUAAAUGCUGAUGUACUACCAAAAGAAACUUUGGCCGAUGAUGAUAUGAGCAUUGAAAAAAGUCGUGGUGUAAAUAAUUUCCAACCAAACUUCACCUACCAGCUUUAUGCAGGAGCUAAUGGUGGUAACUCCUAUGGAGUUGAAAUGCAAUAA